GGAGGAGGGGAGGGAGUACUGAGGAGGGGCAACCAAUGCCACUGCCAGACAGCUGAUAACCUCCAGGGUUCAGAUUACUCAUUCAAUCCAGCUCAGUCAGGAGUGUGUCUUCGUCUUCACUACAAACACCAUGCAUCUCCUAUACACUCUGUUCUUGGCUGCCCUGCCUGUGAUAUAUGCUGCAUCUUCUCCCAACACCCCAACUUGCCCGAUCUCACCAUAUACAAAUGUGGAUUUAAAUAAAUUAAGUGGGACUUGGUACGCUGUGAGAGGUAUAGAACACAACAGAGGGCGACAGACUACGAGGCAACGCAACAACAAAUCGUGUCCUCUCAUUACACUGUCAGUGACAGACUCCACACACGUUGUCUUCUCCUACGACUCCAAGAAUGGCUCCGAGCCCAGACAAUACAACCUGACUGUCAGAGACACGGCCCUGCCUAGUGUCUGGACCAUAGAGAAAGGUUCAAGGAAGCAUGUGCCUUUCAAUAAACUGCAAAUAAACGAUAUAUCAGACAACACGAUGGCGCUGACUAUGUGUGGCACUCAGCGACUGGCUACAGUCAUUCUUUCUAGGGAGAAGAGGUUUGACUCUACGACUGUGGAAACCAUCACACAGCGACUGUCUGAGAAAGGGUUGAAUUCAGCUCGCAGCUUUGACCGAUGCAAGACAUAAUCCCCUUUUAUUAAAUUUUUGUUAAAUGCAAAAAUCAUGUUUCCACUUAUGGACAAAGGAAAAAGGCCCUGUUCCUUUAAAUUUAAAAGACUUAAUUAUAUUUUAAUAAUGUUAAGUGGUGUAAGCUUAAUUUAGAAAUAUUUUAUUGAAAAUAAAUAUUUUUUAGUAAA